CCCGCCCCGCCCCAGCCAUGUCGGCCCCGCGCAGACGCCCCGCGGCCGCUGCCGGGGGGGGGCCCGAGGGGGCGGCCGAGGGGGGAGCCCCCGCCGGAGCCCCCGCGCCCGGCGAUGCGGAGCGGGGCAUGGCGGCCCCGCCGCUCUGGCUGCGCCUGCUGGCCGCCGCCUUCUACGGCCUCAGCUCCUUCCUCAUCGUCGUCGUCAACAAGAGCGUCCUCACCACUUACGGGUUCCCGUCCUCGCUGUGCGUGGGGCUUGGCCAGAUGGUGGCCACGGUGGCCGUGCUCUGGGCGGGGAAGGUGCUGCGGGUGGUCAAGUUCCCUGACCUGGACAGACACAUCCCCCGGCGGACAUUUCCUCUACCUCUCCUGUACUUCGGGAACCAGAUCACAGGACUGUUCAGCACAAAGAAACUGAACCUGCCCAUGUUCACGGUGCUGCGGAGGUUUUCCAUCCUCUUCACGAUGUUUGCCGAGGGAUUCCUGCUCAAGAAGAAGUUUUCCUGGAGCAUUCAGAUGACAGUAUUUGCCAUGAUCUUUGGUGCAUUUGUGGCUGCCAGUGCUGACUUGGCAUUCGACCUGGAGGGAUACAUUUUUAUCCUCAUCAACGACGCCUUAACAGCUGCAAACGGUGCCUACGUGAAACAGAAGCUGGAUUCCAAGGAGCUGGGGAAGUAUGGACUGCUCUACUACAAUGCACUGUUCAUGAUCCUGCCCACCCUGGCCAUUGCCUACGUCACUGGAGAUGCACAGAAGGCAGUGGAGUACCAGGGCUGGGCAGACACCUUCUUCCUGGUGCAGUUCACGCUGUCCUGUGUGAUGGGGUUUAUUCUGAUGUAUUCCACAGUCCUUUGCACUCAGUACAACUCUGCUCUUACAACUACAAUAGUUGGCUGCAUUAAGAAUAUUUUAAUAACCUAUAUUGGGAUGUUUUUUGGAGGAGAUUAUAUUUUUACAUGGAUGAACUUCAUUGGUCUAAAUAUCAGUAUUGCUGGAAGCCUGGUGUACUCCUACAUCACCUUCACCGAGGAGCAGAUGAGCAAGGAGUCGGAUGCUGGCAGCAAGAUGGAUCUGAGGGGGAAGAGCUCGGUGUGAGCAGGGCGGGGCUGCUUUGGGAUCCGACCUCUCCUGCUCGCCUGAUGCGGGCAGGACCGGGGAGGGCCCGGGGAGGGAGCCCCGGGGAUGCUCUUGAUUUGCACAGCUGAGAUUGCUGCCUUCACAAAUCCUUGGGAACACCCAGCCAGCCUGCACGGGGAAGGAUGAGCCUAAUUAAGCCUGAUUAACGGGAGGAAUUAACGGGUUUCUAAUCAAGGCGGGGUUGGCAGCGGAGAUGGGCACGGGCAGAGCAGGGCAGGGCUGGCAGCUCUGCCCCCGGGGUGUGCCAGGGUGUUCCUGGCUGGAUCUGCUCCCUGGGAUCCCUGGAUCUGCUGAUCCCAGCGGGGUGGGAGGCUGGGGCUGGCUCUGUGCCCAGCCUGCUCCCUCUGGAACAGGCAAUGCCCUGGGAGCUGCUCCUGGGCUGGGCCAGGACCUCCUGGAUGAAUGUUCAGUGCUCUCUGGACUGAAUUUUAGCUGUUUUCUGUUGAUGUUCUCUCUGUUUGGUCCACUAACCCACUGUCCAAGCUGGGUUUGCCCUCCUGGCUCUAUCAGAGCCCUGCAUCCACCUCUGUCUUUCCGAGGCUCGGUGACAUUCCCAGCAGGAAGGGUUUUCCUGCCCUGCUGGGCUCUGCAGCCUCCCUUGGAUCCAGCCUUGGCUUUGGGAAGCUGCUGCCUUACUGGGAAGAUCACCAGGGAGAGGCUGCUGGGAUCACAGGAGAGCCAAGGUUGUCCCACCUGGCACAGCACAUCCAGGGAAUCUGCAGGGGCUGCAGCUCCCACCCCUGGAAGAGGCACAAGGACUUAAACCUUCUUUUUUGGCGAGUACAGGGGCUCCAUAAUUCUUGUUUUCCAUGGAAUGAAUCACCCUGGCUUUGUGACCCACUAAAAGAAUGGGAACUGUGGAACACUGGGCAGUGUUCAGUGAUUUUUAAAGGUUGUCUUACCCAGCACCUCUUUCCAGGUUGUCUUUUGGUUUUAAAAGAAUUGUUUUUAAGCUUGGUUAAAAAACUUUUAGUAAAAUAAUGUAUUUAGAGAUUUUUGUACCCUCACAGCUUCUCUAGACACUGACAGUGGGGUUUUUUAGGAGAUACUUGCCUAAACUGGAACUGCUGUUGGGCAAAGCUGCAUUUGUUGGAGUUUACUGGAAGUUUUUGGAUGGGAAGGAGAUUUUCUGUGAGGGUGCAGCUCCAGCCUGGUGUGCUGGGGAAGGUGUGGAGCGAGUCAGCUGCUGCCUGCUCCAACAUCCCUGCUCCUGGAGCAGUUCCAGAGCCACAAUUCCCCUUUUUUUGUGGGGUUUUGAGGUUCCUGCAGGGCAGUUGGGGUGUUCUGGAGCAGCCCCUCAGCACAUUCCCCCUCUGAGCACAGUCCAAAAAAAAAUCCCUGACAAUUUUGUCUCCCAAAAUUCCAGUAAAACCUCGGCUUUGUCUGGGGGGGGAGGGUCACAAACCCUUCCUGGCGUGGAGAAGCCUCCAGUCCCAGCCCAGAUGGGGUUGCUGGUCCCAGUACUGGUUCUGUCCUGGUUCCCAGUGCCAGGUGCUGCUGGGGCUCCUCCCCCAGCUCCUGCCCCUUGCUGCAGCAUCCCCAAUUCCCAGAUCCCAAAUCCCUUUUUUCUCCCCCGUGUGCUCUGACUGCGCCAUGCUGAGGUCACAGCCAGCAGGGUGAUUCUGCCAGAGGGGUUUUUAUGAUUUUCUGUUUGUUUUUGAAUCUACUGGUUAGAUUUGCAGUCCUAACAGGGAAGGAUUUUUAAAGCUUAUUUUGUCCAUGCUGGGAUCCUGCUGGAUCCUGAACACUGGGAAAGCCAAGAAUUCCUCUAACAGUAUUUUCUAUGCUAUUAAUUGCCUAAAAAACAAAUGUUUUCUAUAGAGAAUCUAUUUAGAGAAUGAGCAUUUUAGUGAUGAAAACCUGAAUGUCUGGCAGGCUGUGGAUGUGAGGAAUGAGAGCAGAAAGGAUUUAUGUGCCUCUGUAUUUUUGUAUUUGCUUCCAAUAAACCAAUGAACCAAAGGUG